AUUAAAAAAAUAAAAGACAGAAACAGAAGCGACACGCGAACAUAUCCAUUAGUCACAGGGGUUGUUCUUGCAGCAGUUCUUAUUACCAGAAAGGAAAUAAAGUCGUAACCUCUGUGGUAAAAAGAUAAGAAGGGUUUAUAGUAAGAGAGACAGAGUCUGUUUGUGUGUCAGGUUGAAGAGAGAAGAAGAUGGAGAACACAGACGAACUCGUGUCCAUUGAGCUUCCAGCUCCUGCUUCAUGGAAGAAACUGUUUUAUCCGAAAAGAGCAGGUACACCGAGGAAGACAGAGAUUGUGUUCAUGGCUCCAACGGGUGAGGAGAUUAGCUCACGCAAGCAGCUUGAGCAGUACCUCAAGGCUCAUCCUGGGAACCCUGUCAUAUCUGAGUUUGACUGGACAACUGGUGAAACUCCAAGGCGUUCUUCAAGGAUCAGCCAGAAGGUGAAGGCUACAACGCCCACUCCUGAGAGAGAGCCUCACAUGAAGAAAAGAAGAUCUUCUCUCACUAAGAAGGACUUGAAAGAGGCUGCUGAGAAGGAGAACAAGGAGGGGGAAAAGAAGGAGGGUGGAGCAGAAGUGGCAGAGGCUGAGAAAGAGAACAAGGAGGGUGAAAAGACUGAGGCGGAGAACAAGGAGGGGGAAGUUGUGACGGACAAGAAAGAGAACAUGGAAGUUGAUACCUCUGAGGUGGAGAAGAAGAAGAAUGAGGAGGAGAACAAGGAGGGAGAAGUUGAGACGGACAAGAAAGAGCCGAUGGAAGUGGAUGCCUCUGAGGGUGAGAAGAAGACUGAGAGUGGAGGAAUAGCUGAAGAACCUCCCAAGGUUGAGGAAUCACAGGAAGUUGUUGUUACUGAUGGGGAGAAUAAGCCUGCAGAGAAAGAGACUGAGAACAAGGCAGAAGCAAACGGAGAAAAGAAUGAGCCUAGCCUUGAUGCUGAAGCUAAUAAGGGAACUGAAACCAAAGAAGCUGAGGAGAAGAAGACAGAUGGCGAGGCUAACCUUGACGCUGAAGUUAACAAGGGGAAUGGAAUACAAGAAGCUGAUGAGAAGAAGGCAGAAGCUGCAGCCGCUGUAUCCGAGGAGAAGAGUAAUGACGUGAAGGGAGAAGACACGAACAGAAGCGGAGAGGCGAAUCAGGUUCAGCAGCAACAAGGUGCUGCAGCGUCCGUGAGCUGUUAAAAGGACCUGUAGAGAGAGCACAGGUGGUGUAAGAGUUUGUUGUUGUUUUUUUCUGAUUUCAGGUGUAGUAGCUUUGACAUUAUGAGUGGGUGUUGUUGUAUGUGCUUGUAGAAGAACUAAUACGUCUCUGUAGUUCAGUUCAUAAUUAUCAUUAGACUCUUGUACUUUUGGUGUGUUGUUAAUGUUUGGCGUUUAGUUUGUUUCUUUA